ACGUCGUGCCCGAGCACUCGUCAACAGCUCUACUAGGAAGCCUCUCGUUCAUCGUCUACCGUCUACCGUCCAUCUCCAUCGUUCAACCAAACCCCGUCCUCGGCUUCGAAGCCCCGAACCCGCCAUUUGCCUGUGAUAGCGCACCCUUGAACAGUAAUCCGUUUUCAACAUGGUAGCCGCAGUCCGACGAAGAAAAAUGAUCGGCCACCGCCGUCGGGUAGAAGACGAAGGUGAGGAUGAUGGAGGUCUCGACCAGCUCGAUAUCGAUGACGACUCUUUGACCGAUGGGUCUAUGGCUUCCGAAGACCCCGAUCCAGCCGACGACAGCGAUACUAGUAACGUUGAUGAGGCCUCACCGACCACACCUGCUGCCCCGAAAUUGACUAGUCAGGUAGCCAAUGGUAACGGCAAUGUGAAAAGAGCACAAUCCAAGUCUUCCGGCAGCCCGCCCAGCAAAAAUCCUAGGAAGUCCACUCAAAACGCUGUGUCUGACACCGCAUUUAUGCUGAAUAACCUGAGCAUCUCGAGCGGAGCUACCCCAGUCCAAGUCUUGAAUUUUGACGAAUCUACCGAGCCUCCAUCCAGAUCAUCGGCCCCUAUAGUGGUCAGCUCCAAUUCCGCCACCACAAAUACUGAACACCCGCAAGAAGCACUUGUUGAUCGACGACGAAAGGAACAUGAAGAGUAUAGGCGCAAGCGAGACGAGGAUCCGUCUUUUGUUCCCAAUCGGGGUGCAUUCUUCAUGCAUGAUCACAGGCACGCCGGUCCGUCUGCCAACGGCUUUCGUCCUUUCGGUAGGGGCCCCCGAGGGAGAGGCCGUGGCGGCAUCGGCGGCCCCUAUGCUCCUAUCAAUCAUCAAAUGCAUAGUCAAGCCGAUCCCACGACCAAUGGUCCAUGGGCCCAUGAUAUGCACGAAGUAGUUGCACAGCCCAUACACGUUCGACAACCGCGGCCCUCGUUUACCGAUGACGGUCCACCAAACGGCGACGGUUUCAUUCCUACCUGUCCACCAAGCUCCACGCCGAUCAACCGGACGAUGGCAACGGACAAGCACGUUGGGAAUGUACAGAUCAGGGUCUUUUUCCCAGGAGUCAAGGAGCCCAUUGUCUUUUCAGGCAUACAAGUACGACAAUAUACAAAAUUGCCAGACCACCGACCACCAUUGAGACGAGAUAAACCAGUUCGCAUCUCCUUGCCCGAUUUCCCUCCUCGGUACAUUUUCCCAGCUACCGACAGGUCGUUUAUAUUUAUUCCUAGAGCUAUGCGUCCGAACCAGAGAUUACGGGGAAAGCCAAGGUCUGGCCUCGGGUCUAUUGGAGGUUUCUCCAGAAGAACUAGUGUCUUCGGUGGAAGUGUAUAUGCAGGUAGUGCGUACACUCCAAGCAUUGCCCUCAGCCGGCGCUCUUCUAUUGCUCCUGAUUUAGGUAGGGACUAUCUCGUGUCUCCGACUGGUUCUACCAUGUCGAGGCCGCCUUUACCUUACGAUCCUUCUCGGCCCGUUGUUAGGCUUCCCCCACAAGCUCGAACGGAGCAACAGCUUCCCGCUGUCGACGGUGCACCAGGCGAGGGCCCGGGUGGCGUUGGGCACCCUAAUAUCAAUGACACCACAAUGCAAAUGCAGCAUCCUGUCCAGAAGCCGAUCUUCCAAGAGAACCGACCAGUGCCUCUUCCAAUGCACCAACCCCGGCCUCAGAAGACGGUCUCGGUAGCCGGCAUCGAAUCGCCUGAGAUGCACCAAAACCCGUCUCAGCCGUACCAGCAAGCGUUCCAUCAGCAAGUCCCUGUUCAGGUGUCGACUAGUCUGGGCCAAGAAUCGCAUGUUCGUCAUCCCUCGUAUCCGUCUCAGCAUUCAACCGGCACGCCUCUCUCUCAAAUCCCAGAGCGUGCUAUUCAUGCUGCACCUUUUCAGCCGAAUCAAUUUCCUCAGCAGAAUUAUUACCAGCCGUACCAGAUGAUGCAACCGCAGCAGGGCUACUACUAUCCUUCAGGCCCUUACCCUGGCUCGCUACCCCCAUCAGGCGCCGCACCGAACUUCAUACAGGGGACUCAACAACAAGGCCAGCCCCAGGGCGAGACUCCUACUAGCCAGCCAAAUGGUCAAGGUAAUCCCAGUUCUAAUUUGGUUGCUCAAGAAGUCAAUGGCAUGGUCUAUUACUACGAUGCGUCUCAGCUACCACCUAUGGCGACAUACCCCUACCCGGCACCUCAGGGUUACCCGAUGCCCGGUGGCGUGGUCGGUAUGAAUGGUAUGGUCACCCCGACUCCAGACGGCUAUUACUACCCCCCAUCAGGGCCCGGCGUUGUCUAUUAUCCGCAGUAAUCUAUUUCCAUGUGGGCUGUUGACGUUUUGGCUUUAAAUCAUCUAACUAGAGAUGGCGGGAUACUCGGGCAUGCGCAUUCCACGUCAACGAGAUUGGGCAUAUUCGGUAUCGUCGUUUAGGGCAUCGGUCUGGCUACGAGUCUUGGGGCUCUCCUUUUGCUUCACCCCUUGGAUUACCACUGGCAAUGUACA